GCGGGUUAUGGUUCAGUGUGCGUCGGGGAAAAGGAAGAAAUAAAGAAAAUGAACUGCAACAGCUCGUUCUGGGCACAUGUGUUCAUGACAGCGUAUUUACUAUGGGUCACGGGAUGUGUUGCACAGAAAGUCUACUUUGAUUGUGGAGCUAAGGUGGAUGUUGUGGAAGUCCAAGGCCUCAUCCUGUCUCCUGGGUUUCCCUUUAACUAUUCCUCAGGGACCCACUGUGUCUGGCAGUUCUUUGUGCCUGUCGGCCACCAGCUCAUACUGGAGAUAUUUGACUUUGAUGUGUUCGAGAGCCAUGACCCCUCCACCCAGUACACUGCGAUCUCUAACUUGAAAGUGGAAGAUGCUGAGGCUGACGAUGGGGUAACGUUCCCAUCUGGGGGUCCUGUCACAGAUGAAAAUGUGUCAAUGCUGGCUAAAGACGCCCCUGUACCUAAGGCUCAGGGGGGCAGAGCGAAAGCCCACCAGUCCUCCUUCCAAAAUGACAAGGUCAAGCAGGUGGUGGUGCAAGAGCAGUCCACCAAGAUGGAGAUCGCCAAAGUCUCCAACUCUGCUAAAAGGUCCACCUCUGACACUGCAUCCCCACAUCCCCCCUCACACCUCCUCCUACCCAGGGCCCAGGCAGCGGUGAACUCAAUCACCUCUCCUCUCCUCAGAGGCGACCCUGACCUAAAUCCUACCCCUAACCCCAGAGCAGCAGCCCCAGACCUGGCUGUGAUUGUAGACAAGGCCACCACUGCGACCUCUCCGCCCCCCACGGACACAGAGUUAGUGAGCCCUGAGACCCAGCAGUCGGUGGUGGACGCUUGCCCCCACGACGUCCUCUACAUCUCGGACCUCCUCACCUUCUCCUCGCGCUUCUGUGGCUCCAACCGGCCCUCCAGCAGCCAGCUGGUGUUUGGCUCCAGCCAGGAGAUGGUAGAGGUCAUCAUGGAGUUGAUCACCACCACCCACUGGGGCCGCGGCUUCGCCCUGCUCUUUCACUACCACAACCGGACAGAACUGGAUGGAGAUGACCCCCGGCACGCCUACGCCCCUGCCGGGGCCAGCAAGAUGGACUCUCUGCUGGCCGCCAUGAGCGGAGCAGCCUUCUUUGCCAUGGUGCUCACCAGCGCUCUGUGCAUCAUUUUCAGACCUAAACUAUGUCCGAAAUCAGCCAGCUCCUGCUCAUCCAACAACUCUGAGGUGCAGGAGGGAGUGCAGAACUCUGGAGCUGAUGUCCGUGAGCUGCAGCUGGUGGCUCCUAAUCAGCCCGGCCUGGAGGUCCCUGACAUGGCAGAGAACGACAACAACCACUCCCUCAGCAUCACACAAACAGGUUCCCCGGUCAGUGUUGGUGGUGAUAUGUCCGAGCAUGCUGAAGUGGACCUCUCAUCCAGUGGUCUCACGGAACUGGACUUGGGAACAGAUGAGGUGUUUAUCAUUUCAUCUGCGCCCAGUCCGAGCAGCAGACUGCUGUUCUCGGCCCAUACGCAGCGGGAGAGGUUUCUGAGGCACAGUGACACCGGCCCUGGCCCUGUCAGUGACUGGCCCUCUCCAGACCCGGCUGCCUCGCCCACAGAGACCCGGGCUGCCCAGGAUGGCAGUGCCAGCUGUGCCCGACCCCGGGCCUGGAGCGUCCGCACUUUCCAGGACUUCCUCCCUCCACUGCCCCAGUUACACAAGAAGUGGUGCAGUUGGAACUCCACCAGUCCCUUCACUAAGCUGGUGGACAGCGCCCCAUCCAGCUUCGUGUCAGACUGCCGUGGGGAGGACAGCAGGAAGGUAUUCUCCGACCCCCAGCUGGAGGCCCAGGAUGACAGUAACGCCUCUGACUCCUCCAUGAGUAAUGCCUCGUACCCCCUCACCCAGCCCGCCCAGAGGCAGCGCCGCCUAAACUCCACGAGCAACAUGCGGCGCUCCCACUUCACCGGGCCCUGCUUUGGCCUGCUCUCUGGGUCCAGUCUCUCAGAGAGCACCAAGACCCCCGGGGGCCCCCUCCUCCAGGCCUCCCCGUCCCAGCCCAGUAACAGUACCUCUGGGCAGGGGCAGCCGGAAGGGGUGCAGGGUGGGAAGCGCCGUGAUUUCCCAGCCGAGAACGACCACGUCAGUGUCCCUGUUUUUGCCAUCUGUGAGGAGGAGGACCGGCAGCCCCUGAUCCUGGCUGAGCACCUGGGCCAGUCCUCCAUGCUGAACGGACUGAGCUGGGGGGUGUAUGAGGCGAAGGGGCCUGCCGGCGGAAGCCCCAACCCUGGCCCUCAGAGCGCAGCCAAUGGCCCCCUCCUCCAGAGGGGGAGGUCAGAGUGGAGGCCAUGGGGGAGUCAGGCCUCAGGAGGGGCCAGUCCUUACCCUCUGCCUCACCCCUCUGACUCAUACACAGCCACCAAUACUAACGAGUUAAAGUCCACCUUUGUGCACAGCACAGCCAAUCAGAUCCAGAUGCCUUCCCUCAGCCAAUCAACAGUGCCAUGCAGUGUGACGGGCAAUGAGAUGUGACCAGUGACAGUCCAGCAUCCAGCCCAUGUGACAGGAGAGCAGACAGACAACGCAUGGACUCCUGGGUUGGCCCAGCAAAGCAAUAAUGAACUAUUUUUAGUGCCACUUUUGUACAAUGCUAAAACUUACCUUUUUGAUUACUGUAAUCAACUUAUGACAUUUCUACAUUCUUGAAGUCAAUGGCUUCAUGGUGACAAAAUUGAUGUUUUCAUAUUAGUACCCACUAUGUAUAUUUUUAUAAAGUUAAAAGGCCCAAUGCAGCCUUUUUUGAUCUCAAUAAAUAAUUUCUGGGUAACAUUUAAGUACCUUACUGUUAUAGGUUUCCAUUAAAAUGUUACGAUUUUUGUGAGCAACAGUAAGGGCCAAAUGAAUGCAAACUCCACACAAAAAAAUUAACAAUUGUUAAAACAUUUCUAGCUUCUAUGGGUAACAGGGUUGACGUGUUAUGCUCAACCCACUCA